UUUAUUCCUAUGGAAUCGGAAAACCAAACAGAUGAGGCAGAAUUCCUCCUCCUGGGUCUCUCGGAGGACCCAGAACUGCAGCUCCUCCUCUUUGGUCUGUUCCUGACCAUGUACCUGGUCACCGUGCUCGGGAACCUGCUCAUCAUCCUGGCCGUCAGCUCUGACCCCCACCUCCACACCCCCAUGUACUUCUUCCUCUCCCACCUGUCCUUCACUGACAUCUGUUUCAGCACCACCACAGUCCUCAAGAUGCUUGUGAACAUUGAAAGACGGAGCAAAUCCAUCAGUUACACAGGCUGCCUCACCCAGGUUUGUUUUGUCCUGUUUUUUGCAGGCCUGGAAAACUUUCUCCUUGCAGCAAUGGCUUACGACCGCUAUGUGGCCAUCUACCCGCUGAGAUACACAGUCGUCAUGAACCCCCGCCUCUGUGUUCUGCUGGUUCUGCUCUCCCUGGUCACGAGCAUCGCAGACGCCCUGCUCCACAGUCUGAUGCUGUUGCGACUGUCCUUCUGCGCAGACCUGGAAAUCCCCCACUUCUUCUGCGAACUUGCUCAGGUCAUCAAGCUGGCGUGCUCCGACACCCUCCUCAACAACGUCCUGGUGUACUCCGUGACCAGCAUAUUGGGUGGUGUCCCCCUCUUUGGGAUUAUCUUCUCUUACGCUCAGAUUGUCUCCUCCAUUCUGAGAAUGCCGUCAGCUGCAGGGAAAUAUAAAGCCUUUUCUACCUGUGGAUCUCAUUUCUCGGUUGUCUCCUUGUUCUAUGGGACAGCGUUUGGGGUGUACAUCAGUUCUGCAGUCACACACUCUUCCAAGAAGUCUGCAGUGGCCUCAGUGAUGUACACGGUGGCCCCUCCGAUGUUGAACCCCUUUAUCUACAGCCUGAGGAACAGGGACGUGAAGCGAGCCCUGAGGAAACUUACCUGA